UUUGAAAGCUCGACGAGUCAGUAUCCAGCAGCCGAUCACUAGUUUGCUAUUAUGAGACCCUCGCGCUCCGACUUCUUCACGGCCAUAACAUCAACCAAAGGUCUUUCCCAUUUCACAUGGCCAUACACUGAGGUGUCUAAUGGCCUCCAGCUCAGGGCUGUCCAUGUGAGAAGAGAAUCUGAGAAGAGAAGGGCAGACACUUAAAGAGAGAGAAGAGUUUCUCACAGAGCAUGGCCUCUGCCAAAGAAGAUGGUGUGGAUGAAAGAACAGUGGACAUUAAAGAAGAGGACUGUGAGCGGCUCACACCAGAGGAUGUGCGUGUGAAGCUGGAGGAUCACGAAGAAAGAAUUUCAGUUUUUAAAGCGGAGGAGGAGUGCAAGGGGGUGACUGUUGCCAUUAAAGCUGAGGAUUUGAAUGAUUUCUCAGGUGGUCUUGAACUUCAAAAGCAUGAAACUGAGGAUAUUUUCAAGCAAGAUGCCUGUGAAGAAUCUCCAUCCAGUUUACAGCCCUGGUCCACUAAUUCGGGACGACUGGCUACACAGGAGAAUUCUGCAGAGCUGAAAUCAGAGUUAUCAGAGUCUGAAGAGAAAAUCACUGAGGAAAAUGGGAGAGAAGGAGAAGAGUCACCUGGGAGUGUUGGAAUAAAUUUACAGAAGAAUGGCAGCUUCUCUCCACCUUCAUUUGGUAAGCCCUCCCUUCAAUACAAAGAGAAAGGUAUGAAGAAAUCAGCAAGAGGAUCACAGAACCCGACAGCAGCCUUUUUGCAGUUCAGUUCUCUCCCUGCUACUGGAGUAACACAGACAGAAGCCAUCAAAACUGACCGACAGCAACUGGAGAAAGAAAUCCAAAUUCAUACUGGAAAAAACUGUUGUUCAGAAUGUGGUAAAUCAUUCUCAUAUAUAAGCAAUCUUCAAAGGCACAGAAGAAUCCACACAGGAGAAAAACCUCAUUGCUGUCCAGAAUGUAGUAAGUCAUUCUCAACGAGAAGCCAUCUUCAGAACCACAGAAGAAUCCACACUGGAGAAAAACCUCAUUGUUGUCCAGAAUGUGGAAAGUCGUUCUCAUGUAUAAGCUAUCUUCAGAGGCACAGAAGAAUCCACACAGGAGUAAAACCUCAUUGUUGUCCAGAAUGUGGUAAGUCGUUCUCAUGCAUCAGCAAUCUUCAGAGGCACAGAAGAAUACACACUGGAGAAAAACCUCAUUGUUGUACAGAAUGUGGUAUGUCAUUCUUAAGGAGAUACAAUCUUCAGAGGCACAGAAGAAUACACAGGAGAAAAACUUUACCGCUUUCCAGAAUGUGAUGAAAAAUUUUCUGACAAACUCAGGUUUCGAAGGCACACAGAAAUUGAUACUGGAAAGAAACCAUAUUGCUUUUCUCAACGUGGAAAAAGGUUUUAAACAUUAGCUGUUUUCAAGUACCAUAGAUUUUUGCGUAUUAGUCGAUCUCGCAGAUAAAUCGAGUGUAUUUUUAAGCCGAAAGUUAUGAAAUUUGUUAUGACCCGUGUGUAAGUCGAGGGUUAAACUUGACAGCUAUCAAAUUCUUUGAAUUUCAUAAUUAUACCCAAUGUACCUAGUCCC